AUGAAAUUUUUUCUAAAAAAAUGUUUGCGCAAAAAACCUCCAGAAAUGAAACCCGGCGCCAUCUUGGAUGCUGUGAUAUCUCAGUCAUCUGCAACAGCUACAAAAUGUCUUUUAUAUAAAUUAGCAGAUUUCAAACAAGGUGGUGACCUUAUAGAUGCCAUUAACACUGGCGGUUUGGUGGCAGUUGAGCAACUUAUAAGAGAUCAGUUUGGCAUAUUCAUGUACAAUGAUGGGAAGGGACAAGUCAUUAAUCGAGCUGAGUUCUUACGUUGGAAAUAUCGUGACCAUACACAAGUUACUAUACCAAUUGAAGCUUCCUUAUCUAUACACGAUCCUUUAGGGAAAUGGGAAGACCAUAAAGCUUGUUGGCAAAUGCAAUAUCGCGGUGCUUUAGGUGAAAGUUUAUUGCAUGUACUCAUCAUAUGUGACUCUAAAGUACAUACAAAACUGGCACGUGUGUUGUUACGUGUAUUUCCAAACUUAGCCUUGGAUGUGAUGGAAGGUGAGGAGUACUUAGGUGCAAGUGCCUUACACCUAGCAAUUGCAUAUAGCAAUAACGAGCUAGUUGCAGAUCUAAUAGAAGCAGGCGCUGAUAUUAAUCAAAGAGCGGUGGGUAGUUUUUUCUUGCCUCGCGACCAACAGCGCGCAAAUCCUGCCAAGUCCACUGAUUACGAAGGCUUGGCUUACAUGGGUGAAUAUCCCUUAGCUUGGGCUGCAUGUUGUGCUAAUGAAAGUGUUUAUAAUUUGUUAAUGGAUUAUGGUGCAGAUCCGGAUGCACAAGAUUCAUUUGGUAAUAUGAUUUUGCACAUGGUAGUAGUCUGCGAUAAAUUGGAUAUGUUUGGUUAUGCUCUACGACAUCCAAAAACUCCAGCUAAAAAUGGUAUUGCCAAUCACUCCGGCUUAACUCCAUUAACAUUAGCCUGCAAACUCGGACGCGCUGAAGUGUUUCGUGAGAUGUUGGAGCUUUCUGCUCGGGAAUUCUGGCGAUAUAGUAAUAUUACCUGUUCUGGUUACCCAUUAAACGCCCUGGAUACUUUGUUGCCAGAUGGGAGAACAAAUUGGAAUUCUGCUCUCUUCAUUAUAUUAAAUGGUACAAAAGAGGAACAUUUGGAUAUGUUAGAUGGUGGCAUUAUACAACGUCUAUUGGAAGAGAAAUGGAAAACAUUCGCACAGAAUCAAUUUCUGAAACGCUUACUCAUUUUAUUUAUACAUUUGGUUUGUCUUUCCGUAUCAGUUUAUUUGCGUCCUGCACAUGAUGGUGAUGAAGAUGAAGUAGACGGUACUGGUGAAGACACAAAGGAGAAAAUCGCGGGAAGUGAUGAAGAAUAUGACGCACGUACUAUAGCACGUUAUUGUGCUGAACUGUGUACCAUUGCUGGCGUUCUGAGUUAUGUGAUUUUUCAGCAGGGUGAUGAAAUAAAAAAUCAAGGUCUGUCAGCAUUCUUGAAGCAACUGUCACAUGCUCCAGCAAAGGCUAUAUUUUUAGUAUCAAAUCUUAUGAUACUGUCUUGCAUACCGUUUCGCCUAAUGGGUGAUAAGGAUACGGAGGAAGCUAUAUUGAUAUUUGCGGUACCAGGUAGUUGGUUUCUAUUGAUGUUUUUUGCUGGUGCUAUUCGCCUUACUGGUCCAUUCGUUACUAUGAUAUACUCCAUGAUAACGGGUGACAUGUUUACAUUUGGCAUAAUUUAUUCCAUUGUACUUUGUGGAUUUUCUCAGGCAUUUUACUUUCUCUACAAAGGACAUCCACAGCUACAGUCCACGAUGUUCAACACGUUUACCAGCACUUGGAUGGCAUUGUUUCAGACAACACUUGGAGACUAUAAUUAUCCUGAUUUGAAUCAAACAACCUAUCCAAAUCUUUCAAAAACUGUUUUCAUUAUAUUCAUGAUUUUUGUACCGAUUUUAUUGCUUAACAUGUUGAUUGCUAUGAUGGGUAAUACAUAUGCACAUGUCAUUGAGCAAUCCGAAAAGGAAUGGAUGAAACAGUGGGCAAAGAUUGUUGUUACUUUGGAACGUGCAGUACCACAGGCCGAUGCCAAAAAUUACUUGGAAGCUUACUCCAUACCAUUGGGUACUUCCGAUGAUUCUGGAUUUGAAGUACGUGGAGUAAUGGUGAUUAAAAGUAAAAGUAAGACACGUGCCAAGCAAAGAAAGGGCGCAGUGUCCAACUGGAAACGUGUUGGUCGAGUUACUCUCAAUGCUUUGAAGAAACGUGGCAUGACGGGUGAACAAAUGCGUAGACUUAUGUGGGGAAGAGCGUCAAUUUCAAGCCCAAUUAAAAUUGCUAAAAAGAAACUUACUGAUCCUUACAAUCUCAAUCCAACUAAUAAUGAUUUUACAAGUGCUAUGGAUAUGCUUUCAUUUGCAACAGACCCAAGCGCAAGUGCGCCAAAACCUUUACGUACAGCCAAUAUCAAAACAGCUGAGAAUCAUGUCUCUAUACCAGACCCAUUGAGAGAACUAAUUAUACUCUCAGAUCGUCAACCAGAUGUGGAUGAUCCACAAUUUUUUGCAGGACUACAACAGUUAGCCAAUAAAGCUUUCGACUUAGUUGAACAAACUAUGAAAACGCAACCAAUCAAAACACAAUCAAUAACAGCACCAAAAACCACUGUCACAUCUGCACCCACAACUAAUACUCCGGCAGCUACUAUCACAGCUAAUAAAACUUUGACAGCUACAACACCCCCUACAGCAGUCGGUGCUCCAAUAACAACAAACAUUUCCACUCUAUUUCAAGAUCCCAAAGAUAUUGUUGAUCCUAAGAAGUUGGAAGAAUUUCUUAAAAUAUUAGCAGAAGUUGACACUGAAGAAAGCGAUGGGGGCAAACCAAUUUUGGGCAAAUUGUCAUUGGCGCGAAGAACUCGCUCUGCUCUUGCUAAAGCAGAUAUCAAGAAGAAUACUGCAGAACGUGGUACAGAGAAUUCAAUGACAUCAGUCUGGGCACAAUUACCACAAGCUUAUGAUGAAAAGGAACCGGAGUAUGAUGAAGCCUUAUCCGAUCAAAUACUUACAAUCGAACAAGAAGCAGAGGUCGAAACUGAAGAUGCGUACAGCGAGGAAGUGACUGCUGAGGAAGUGCAUGCCACAAUGAAGCAAUUUCAUUUACGUAAACGUCAGUAUCCACAAGAUGAUGCAACACGUAGAGCAAAAACAGCACGCAUCAGACGUAAGAAUAGAAUUUCACCGGAAGCUGCCGAGGCUGAAAAUGAUUAUUUACGUGGACGUUCAGCUCCUAUUAAGAAAGCACAUUUUUAUAAUGAUCGUCAAAUAUCACCACCAGAUCCAUUGGAACCGUGGAGUACCCGUGAAUUACAAAAUAUUAACAAAAUUUUAGCAAGGAAAUAAAUAUGUUAUAAAAAAUUUUAUUAUAGACCCCCAAGCUCUUCGUUAUAGCUUUAGUGCAAUAUCAUUUAUGUAAGCCAACUA